AUGCUGUGUCUGGUUUGCGAAACUGAAGCUCAUGGACAACACUUUGGAAUACGAUGUUGUCGGGCAUGUGCUGCUUUCUUUCGACGAACUCUUACAAUGGACCUCAAAUACAAAUGCCGGUUCCUGAAAAAGUGUGAAGUGUCUCUUAAUAAACGAUAUUCCUGUCGAUACUGCCGAUUUGAGAAAUGCCUUCGAGUUGGAAUGCGCAAAGAUAUGGUUCAAGGAAAAUCGGAAAUCGAGAAGGACUCAUCCGGAGCCGAAACUGAUAGCAUUGGUAAUUCCCCACACUCAUCGACAGAAUCAUAUUCUUAUCGACCCGUUCCACCUUUCAUACUGGCUCCAAACAUUUCGCAAUCACAAAAUAUUGAUAACGUAUAUCAGCCAAACGGCGACUUGAAUCAACCAAAUAUUUCAUUUCAUCAUACUGUGAUCGAGGAGGUUGGGAGAGCUGUAAUGCCAAUGUCAACGCCGAAUACGUACCCGACGCAACAUAACGAGUACACUUAUACUGACCUGUCAACUUUUGAAGAACAAUCUUCUUCAUCAAUGUAUAUACCAAAUAUUCCGCCAAUUACAACAGCGCCGACUCAAUUUAACCCGUCUCCACCAAUAAAUAGCGAAGGAAGCCAAACAUUUGCAAUGGCUGCUCAACAAGCAACUCAAGAUCUUCAUGUUAAUGUUCAAAACUAUUUAACGCCGGCGAUAGACAACCUCUUUAGCCAACCACCGGAUUCAUUCAUUGAUCUACCUCAAAUACCACUUUCCCUAUGCCAGCAGGCACUUUUAGCGUACCAAAAGCACAACAAGAUGUGGCCUCAACAAGAUGAACUCAUUGAAAACAUGCCAUUGGAUAUGGAUUUGUUCAUGAAAAAUCACUAUAUUGAAAUCGAGCAUAUCGCACGAUUUUGUAUGUCUAUUGGCGUUUUUGCGCAGCUACCUAAAGAUCAGAAGUGGAUUAUCUUCAAACACUUUUGGACGCGAUUUUAUGAACUUGACCGGUGUUUUGCGACAUGUCAAAGACUUGGUUACAAUUUGAACGAUGAAAGAGGAGUGACAUUGAAUGGCCAAGUUAUUAAUUUUGGAAUUUCGGUUGUCAAACUCGAAAACUUUAGUGAUAUGGACGCCACACAAGUCAAAAAUUUUCUUAAAGGCAGUAUGGAUAAAGUGCGGCUAAUUUUUAUCAAUCCAUUCAAGAAAUUGCAACCAACCGAAUAUGAGCUUAUGUACAUGAUGAUGAGCAUCAUGUGGAGUGUUUCUAAUCUACCCGGAAUCUCAGAUGCUACAAAGGCUAUUGCGGAUAAAGUGGAAAUCCGAUUAGCUGAAGAAUUGCAUACUUAUUACUCAGUUCAAUAUGACAAUUUGAAUCCCAAUUAUGCUGGAAGAAUUACAAAGUUGAGCAGCAUCGCGUCGGCUGUUGAUGAAAUUACGGAACGAAAACGGGAAGACAGCCAGGUUUCGAAAACAUUCAACAUCUUCAAGCACGACUUCUUCCUUAGCGAUCUCACCGACUUCCCAGUUUAA